UUUAUUUUGUAGCUAUUUAGUUUGUACUAGAUCUUACUCAAAAUAGCACUAAAGUUGUCUAAGUGUGUUGUCAACAGUGUCACUGAAGUUGAUUUGAAGUGUUUAGAAGUGCAGAGUGUCACUGGAUACAGCUUAAGUGGAGGGUGAAAGUCUAUUGUAGGUAUGUCUGUAAAGAAUGUCAUGUAAACAACUAGUCAAGUUGAAACUGGGGAUUAAUUUAGCUUUCUUCAGCCAAGAUGUAAACAUAUUUAAGUGUUUCAGAUGAGGAUCUUUAGUUAUGAUCUGUGGUUGUACAGUUUGCCUCAAUAGUUGUUUAUUUGAGCGCUAUUUUUAGCAACUUUGUUAUUAUUUAUGACAGUAUGUGUAACUGGCAUGUUUUACAGGUAGCAACAUCUUCUGGGCAAUCCUCUAUAGUGGCCAUUGAAAAUCAUUCCAAUAUUGUGUUGCGAGAAUUGGUAGCUCUAUUCUUUUGAAAAGCUCAGAUUGAAGGUAAGCUCUAUAGAGAAUGAACCUCAGCAACACCAGUCAUUACAUGGACAGCGAUGAAUACCUCCAUGAGCUAAACUUGACCUUUACUGCACUGAUAUUACCUGCUAUAAUUGUUCUGGCUGUUUUUAUGGUUAUUGGCAUCAUUGGAAAUGGACUAGUUCUGUAUGUAUAUUGUAGACGAAUGAAAACAGGAACCAUCACGAGAUAUAUUCAAGGACUAGCAAUAUUUGACUUACUCAGCUGUUCAUUGGCCAUUCCUGGGGAGAUUAUAGACAUGACUAACAACUACACUUUUGGCUCCAAUCCAUUGUGCCAGAUAGUCAGAACCGUCAACUUGUUUUGUACAAUGGUGUCUGGAAGCAUUUUGAUAGUUGUUGCUAUCGAUAGAUAUAAACGAAUAUGUUAUCCACUGGGCAAGCAGAUAUCUCCAAAGUCUGCUCUCUACAUCAUGACUGUUUGCAGUGCCUUAGCAAUUGUAUUGGCCUUGCCAACAGCGGUUAUUUUUGGAGCCAUGACUGUGCCAACUAAUAUCUCUUACAUUAAGGGAUCUGACUGUUCAGUUAGUGAUAACUUUAAAAAUACAACAAUACCAUUACUCUACAAUGGUCUACAAAUGUUUCUGUUUUUGGUUGGUGCUAUUAUCCUCAUAGUUCUCUACAGUAUUGUGGCCAGGCGAAUUUUUCAACAUGCCCAGGGACGUCAGCGUCGUAGAUCUGGUGAAAUACAAAACCGCAAGAGAAAAAUUUGGAGCUUUUCUUAUUGCUCCUCUCCAUCUCUGACACCAAACUCACCUCCAGAUAGUUCUGAGGAGUUGAAAGUCAAAAAUACGAGAAGUUGUGAUGACAAUAAGACAAAGUCUUCUUUUGAUUUCAACUUUAAGGAAGAAAUACAUAAACAUGUUCUGCUUCAAUCAGCUAAAAAUAUCAUCUGCCACCGUUCUAAUUCAGAUAAGGAUUUGUUUUUAAACAAAGCCUAUUAUUCUUCAGUAAAGCCCAAAGUGUACAGCUUAGAUGAUGUCAACACUGAGAGACCCAUCUCCUGCCAGACAACUCUGUUAAUAAAGCCCACAAUUAGGUUGACUUUGGUGGACCAGGUGGAAUGUUUAAGAAGGCAAAGCUUACCUAAGCAUUUCAGGAUAGAAGAUGAUCAUAAUAUUAAUUGGGUUUUUAAAGACUUCUCUCCCCCAUCUACACCAAUUGAAGAGUUGAACAACCCAAACCGUUGGCUUCUUACUGGUUCAAGUGAACAACCAACGCAACACAACCCAACUAUUGACGCAAAACUAGAAAGUAGGAAAAACCCGUAUGAGUCUCAAGAUGUUCAAUUGUCUAGUGUACAACAAAGUAAGGUUGAUCAAAACUCACCUGAAACUGAAACAUUACCAACAAAAACGAUCAAUUCUAAAACGAGAAAAUGCCACAGUCAGAAUUCAAAGAAACUAUUGCCUAACAGAAGAUGGUCCAUGAGGCUAUCAAUUAAAAGUCUGGGAGACAUCAAGAAACUCAGCAUUAACUCGGAUAGUGCAGGUACAAGAAGAACCACUCUGAUGUUGUUUGUCAUUACAUUGAUUUAUAUUUUCUCUUUCCUGCCACACCUACUAUUGAUGAUUUUCAAAACCCUGAACAUUGAUUGGCUAAGUCAAUAUGGAGACACUGGAGUGAUGCUACAUAAUUUGCUGAUAAGAUCUUAUUUUAUUAACAGUGCCUCCAACCCUAUCAUAUACAGCUUCUUUUCCAAAAACUUCUUCUCUGAAUGCAAGUACAUUCUCAAGAAGACAUGCAGACAGAGAACGUGACUUCAGUCUAUAAAUCAUCAAGCUAGGCCAUAGACCCUUCUGGGUAGAACAUAGACUCUUUUUGACCUAGACCAUAUGCCCUUUUUUUGCUUAGAUCAUACUUAGAUCGUAGACCCUACAUACAUAAAUAUAUAAAUAAUGGUUCACUUUUUAUAACUUAUAAAGGAAAUGAAUUACCAAAUAUAAAUAAAUUUCCAUUCUUUAGCUUUUUUUGGGUUUGUUUGGUUAUCUGUUAGACUGUCAUGUUUACAUGUCAAAUAUCAGGAAUAGCUAUUGGUAUACUAUUGUUUGACUGCUUAUGGACUUUUGAAAACGAACCUUUUUAUUUUAAAAAUUAAUAUGCAGACCUUUUUUUAAAUUUGCAUUACAAAUAAACCAUUUUGAAAACAA